UUCAUCGUCGAUUUGUGCGAGUUUGGCAAACAGAGAGAGAUCAUCAACAUGGCGGGCAAGCUAGUGAUGUUAGUUGCAGCAAGUCUUGUGUUGCAUUGCUGCAAUUACGUUUAUGCUAUGAGCUUGACUGAGCCCAAUCAGGUCAUACACGUUACGGGGAAGGUUCUGUGUCAGGACUGUUCACAGUCCUAUAACGAAUGGAUCCAUGGAGCCAAACCAAUCAAAGGUUGCAGGGUGAGUUUAACUUGCAUGGACCAGAGAAAGAGAGUGAUGUACUACGGAAGUGACGAAACCGACGAAGAAGGGCAGUUCGAUUUGACCGUCGACAAGUAUACCGAUCCUAAUUUCUGCUUCGCAAGGCUCCUUUACUCACCCGACCCGACUUGCAAUGUUAUGACCAACUUCGGGGGCGGCCAAUAUGGAGUAAAGCUGCUCAGACCCACCGCCAUUUACCGGGAUGUGAUUAAUUAUAUGAUUGGCCCUUUUUAUUACACUUCUCCCAUGUGUGAAAAACCAGAUAUAACUGGGUCUGAUUAAACUCUAUUCCAACUUUUUUUUUGGGCAGUUUAAUUACUGUUUUGUAAUCUUGGGCAAACAGUUUUUAUUUUCAAUUCCUGUAAUUUUGUUGCGAAUAUAAUUGUUGUUAGUUUGGGCUAUAUAAGGUGUUGGAUAAUUAAUAAUUAAAAUUGAAAGAAUGAAAAAUAAAAUUACUUUAAAACCAACGCAACCUAAUAAUACUUUAUUAUUUUUUAUUAAAAUAAUCUAUAUAUGGCUCCAAGAAAAUUCAGACAGGCGAGAUGACCGCAUCUCAAAAACCACGUUGCUCGAUGUACAACUGACACGUGUUUGAUCAACGUGGCACAACGUGAUGGCCAUAAGGUAGAUUCCCACGGGUUGCCUACAGGCUCGGACCAGAACCCUCUCUCCACUCGAGUUUGGGAGCUGCGGUUCGGCUCUUCCAUGGCUACGGCUCAUCUUGCGAGAAAAUCUCCCUCUUCAUCGUCGUUCUUGGCUCUCGGGUCGGUGAUUCAGAGAUCAAAGACCGACAUAUCGUCUCCGGUGGCGGGCCAUGGCGCGUCCAAACCUAGAUGCCGUCAAUGACCGGAAGCUGCCUCCCGAGCUCCGUGGUCAACGCAACAACGUCAGAGAAAGAAUAAAAUGAAGGAACCAUCUUAACCAUCUGGUCAAUAGAAUCCUGAGAAUUAGCUGUUUGAGGGUUUGGUUAGUUUCCAAGAUUGUGCUAGUCGAGCUCUGACUCCUCUACGGACUGUAAUUUUCAAUUAGAGCUAGGGAUUGAAUGGGAGUUGAACCAAGAGCAGCCUUCAAAACUCUAGAACAAAAAUUCUCCUGCAGCCUGCUCAUUAUGAAGAUCUAGAGCUAGGAAUUUAAUGGGAGUUGAACCAAAAGCAACCUUCAAAGACUCCAGAACAAAAAAUCAUCCUGCUGCCUGCUCAUUACGAACAUCUAGAGUGAGGGCUGAUUCCCCUAUUGUGUGAUUUCACGAUUUAUCCCACUUACCGAAUACCCUUCAUCUCUUUUUCUUAUAACCACAUCUUCUUAUAGUUAGUUGGUCUGUGGAGGUUAGGUAACUGCAAACAAUUUGCUUGGCAUUUCAAUUCAAAGAAAGACAUGAAGUUAGUUAAUUGGCUGAGGUUAGGUAGUGAGAAGGCUCCCCAACCAAAUUGCGGGGCAUCUCAAUUCAAAAGGCAAUGGGGAUUUCUACUUGUGGAGUAAGGUACUCAUAAAAUACAGCAGGAUUCAAAAAGCUGAGGUUAAAUUAUUUACUGGGUCAACCUCUAAGGAAGCACAGGAGCAUUUGAGUCUCAUACGAAGGGGUUUGAUGGCUCAUGUGGCCUAAAUGGCUAGAAUCUGUUCAUUCAUUAUGUUGGAAGGAGAAAACGAACAUACUGUUAUUUAUUUUUCCUGGUCAGAAACUGAUAUUAUCAGCGUUGUUGAACAAAGAAUAUGGCACUCCAUGGAGGAAGGACAGUUUGAGAACCUACCA